UUGUAUAAAUUUGCUUUUAGGAUUUCUAUCUAAAAUCUUUCCGAAUUUUCCCUUGCUUUGUCCAUUCAAGCUUGUUAAGAUGAAGAGAUAUUGCCAUAACUAUUAGGAACAGAGAGAACAGAAGAUUGAUUUAGGAGAAGACUUGAAAGAGCAGAUUGUCAUUUUUAUUAAAACAAAUACUAAAAAUUUCCCAAAAAACUUUAUUUUGGGUAUCUGUCGAAAGUACACCAUAAAUAAUGAGGAAAGCCAAUAAGCUACUAGAUAUUAAGUUUAAAAGUGAAGUUCUUUUAGAUUACACUCUAAGCAUAGAAGAAGGGACUUAUAGUUUGAGUAAUCAUAUCAUAAUGCCUGAAACACUUUCUUUUACCUCUCUAUCUAAGCUCUAAAAUAGUCUUCUUUGAGCAUAAAUUUUAGCUUAUGACAUUUCGAGCUACACAAAAUAAAGAGAUGUGUCAAUUGUCUAAUUUUAAACAGCCUAACUGCCUUGAUAAAAUUGAAGUA